ACCACCACGAAUACCAUGAAAGCAGGUGAUGGUACUUGCGUUGGUUCACUUCGCGCCAUGGUAUUAAUAAGUAGCUUUCUACCGCGUUUCGAUCAUUAUACAUACGUGUAAAUGUUGAGUGCUUGUUUGCAGUUUCAUUUUUUUAGUGCCCAUAUGAAAGUAGAAGGUUAUGGAAGAAAAACCAGAUUUCUCUUACCUGCAAGCCAAUAAAACAGUCGUUAUUCCAGGUGGGGUGGACAAACUAGGCAGGCCACUAUUUUUAGUUACAGUACCACAGGGUUCCACCAUAUUAUGUAUAAAAAGCUCUAUAAAGUAUUUGUUUUCAAUUUUUAGUGACGAAACCAAAGCCAAAGGAUUUACAGUUAUAUUGGAUGCAAGAAAAGGAUCAUGGAAAUUAUCCAGGCUAUUAAUUAAACAAACCAUAAACUCAUUUGAGGAAGGUGAACUAAAAUUAUUGUUAGUUCUUCGACCUGAUGGAUUUUGGGAUCAGCAGAGAAUAGAAAAUUGUACUGUAUCUCAGGAAGAUCAAAAGGUUAUAUUUGUAUCAAGAUCUCGAUUAGGUAAGUUCGUGGAUCAGUCACAAUUACCUGUCGAGCUUGGGGGUGGUCUUAUCUAUAAUCAUGAUAAAUGGAUAGAAAAUAGACAAAAAGUGGAGGAAUUUUAUAGAGACGCCAAAGCGGCCAUAAAGGAACUCGAAGUAUUACAACAUGUGAUAAGCAGCAAAACACUUAGGCCUAGUCAAGUCAAAAAAACUAUAAAUAGUAAUUGUGGCUUAGAAGAGGCGGCUAAGUUGCUCGUUCAUAACACGACGGAAAAAGGAAAAGAACUGGUCCAAGCAAUAGAAUAUGAGAAUCGAACACGAAAACUUUCCAUAGAUCAAAUAGAUAAAGUCCAUUCUCCACAAGACACGUUAGACACAAUUGAAAAAAUUCAUGAGCUAGUCAAUGAAAUAAGACAAAAACAACAAGAAUUAAACAUAUGCUGGACGGAGAUAGAAAAAGACUUGAUCAGUGUCAAAGGCAUAAAUGAACUGAAAAAAGGAGUUGUUAAAGUUACCAAUUGGAUACUUGGUACAGCGGAGGAACUGAUGAACCAAAACCAAAAGGUGGGCCAUGAUGUGGCAUCAGCAGAAGAAGUUCGAAAACUUCACGAGUCGAUUGAGCUUCAAUGUUUGGAAACUUAUGGAAGUUAUGCUGAACUUCUACAUAAGAUAAAUACAAUUAGCGAGAGCGACAAUAAGGAUUUAAAAGAACAAUUUAGAGAUUUAAUAUCUCAGAAAGAGUUUAUGGAUUUUGUUUGUAAAAGUUUCGCUUUGAGAGUGGAAAAGCGAAGAAACAUUCUUAUAACUUCCUUAAGGUUUUUUAGACUAGUCUCCGAAUACUUUGAUAGAACUAGCGAAGUAUUUGAUUUACUUGUGGUAGGAAAUAAUAUUAAUGAUUUUGAUACAGCUGCAAGUCAACUAAAGGAAUUGCAAAUAAAUCAAUUUUAUUUAGACACAAUUGCUCAAGAAAUCAAUAAGGAAGGUGAAAAGCUAUCCGACAUGCUUUCCAUGCCAAUCAAAGAUGCUUUAGGUCAAGAAAUCAAAGCUGACUAUAGUGAAGAUAUUAUUAAUAUACAUGAUAUCAUUGAUGCAACCUUAGCCAGAAAAAAUAUUUUUAGUGAUAAUGUUGAGCUACAGAAGCUAACUCUUCAACAGAUCACUUUGAUUGACAGGUAUGAGAAAGAUGCACAGCAGGCCAUCACAUGGCUCGAAGAUAUUUUGAUGGUGAUGCUUAAAGAUCAUAGUUAUGUAGGUUGUACAGUUCAUGAAAUACAAACACAAAAGGAGGAGCAUCAAGCUUUUCAAGAUACAGCCAAAUGCACCUACCACUAUGGAUGUCAAUUAUUAAAUGCAUCUUUUCAAUUACGACAAUCUUGUAAAUUGCCCAUAGAUGCUCAUAGUAAAAUCUGCCAUAAUUUACAUAGUUACUGGAGUAAAAUCGAUACUAUUAGUCAAGAACAAAUGACGAGGUUACGAGUUUCUGCUGUAUUCCAUCGAUCCGUAGAAGAACAUUGCAAUGAACUACGAGAUAUGCGAGAAGCUGUAGCGACGAUACCGAUUUUAAAUUUAGAUACUAAAAGGGAACAGCUAGAAAAGUAUAUUGAGAAGCGAGAGAACUUAAUGAUGGAAGUGGGACGUAUGGUCAGACUAGGAAGGCUGCUUAGAAGUAGAUUAAAAGAGCCUUUAUAUGAAGAUGAGUCGUUCUUCACAGCCUCAGCCAGUUUUUCUGUCAAUCCUGACCAACCACUAGACGACUUUCAAAAGCUUUGCCAAAACUCCGUUCAAAAUAAUGAAAUCUCUAUAGAAGCCAUCUCAGAAAAACUCUUAGAGGUGACGCAACUAUCGGAGGAAUUGGAUCAAGCGUUAAGGAGUGCACAACAAGACUACCUAGUAUUUUCCACAGCAUCUACAUCCUCUACUGAAGAUACAAUUAUUGACGGCAGUACUUUUUUAAAAGAAGAUUCCAGUAUGGAUAGAAGUCAACAAUCUGAGAAGUCAGAUGAAGAAUUUCUAACUGCAUCAGAUACAACUCUUCAACAUUCACGUUCGUCAUCUUACAAUACUGCUUCUGAGAAUGAGCACAGCUUUCAUUCAUGGUGGAAACAAGAAGGGGAGUUAAAAGCAGAUAUUGCUAAAGAGAAAAUGGUGUUAGCAGUAGGAUGUCCCCCUGAGGGUCAACUACCGCCUCCACAAGAGGUGCUUAAAUCAUCUCCAGAAGUUCCACCUGGGAAGAUUGCGAGAGAAGUUAUUGAGACGACUCAUAUAAAGGUUCAACAGCAACAUAAUUUUGGAGUUAAAUCAUUUGUGCUCUCUUCGGAGAUUGUAAAAGAUGUCGGCGCUACGGGCGAAACAAGUUCCCAACCAUCACUGAUAAAGCAUCAAACAGACACUGAAACCAAAAUUUAUAUGCAGUCGGAUGAAGCUGGUGGCUCCUCACAAAUACCUGAAGAUCUUCUGGAUAAAAUGAAGCAGUGUGGAGAUUGGAUCAAUUUAAAAAUAUUGGAAAUAACGCCAGAGCUGACGACCUUAGGAAACACACUCGCCGAAGCACUGCAACUUCAAAGUGCUCAUAAUGAAGUCCUCCGACAGUUACAAACUAAACAAAGUCCAGUGGAGGAACUCCUUAGACAAGCAGAUCAGCUCAUUGCUACGCAGAGACCGAGAGCAGAAGUGUACGCAGCGAUGGCUGAAUCACUUGGCAGAGCCUGGAGGGACAUUAACGCUACAUUAGAACUUAGAAAAGUUAUAUUAGACCUAAAUGUCCAGUAUCAUACCAAAGCUCAAGAAUUUUUCGAAAAAAAUGACGCGCUUGAAGCAGCUUGCUCAGAUCCCGUGGUACCAGUAGAUAUUGAGGCUGUGAAAACACUUUUAACAAACUUACACGACUUAAGGAGGUUACUUUUGGAGGCACUUAUGGUAGCUCUUCAGUCCGGCAAUAGUUUACUAGGGAAACUAAAGGAACUGGGAGCUGAAGGCACCCUGGACUCGAGACCCGAACGAUUAGCGCAAUCUAUAAAUAAAGCAAUAUCGCAAGUACAAGGGUGGUUAGACGAACUACAUAUUAAAAGGCAAAUUUUGGAAACUAUGUUUACGAAAUCCAAGACGCAACUGGAGCAAUGCUUAGCAAUAGCUAUAUUAGCAGCUGACUUAAAAGAGCUCGAUCAAAUCAUAAGAGACAGAAGCAAUUUAUUAGCAAGCAGUAACCAAUUAGGUGAUUCAUCGUCAAGUGCAGAACUAUUAUUACAUGAACACCGCAAAUUAUUACCUGAAGCCAAACAGUUACAAGAGAGGGCAUUAAAAAUAACCAAAGCAACAGAAGAACUCGUUUUAUCUGGUUGUUUUGCAGGAACUGAAGCUAGUCAACAGUCUUACCAAGUUUUAUCUUCUAGUUCAGAUUACUUAGCAGACUUACAAAAGAGGGAGUCUCUGCUGGAGCGAGUAAUUGCAUUCUUUCGAACAGCUCAAACUGUUUUGGCCAAACUAGAUCAACUAGAGAUACAGUUAAAAGCAACUGAUUUACCAAAGAGUUCCUCUAAGUUAGCUGAUUUGCAUGCACAUUGUGCCAAAACGGUUGAAGAUACUACAACGGUCCCAAUAAGUGAAGGAUAUGCUAUUCUAGAUUUGGCUGGACAUUCAGGAGCAACAGAAGGUGUAAAGAAAAUGAUUCAAGAAUUAGAAAACAUGAAAAUUAUAUUAAGCGGACUAUGUACUGCUCACAGAGAAGAAAAUAAGCGACUAAGCCUUGCUCUGAAUAACUUCUAUGAAAAACAUGAUGAGAUAUACAAUUGGCUAGUAACUAUCGCAGAAGCAUUUUUACAAGGACAUCAAGAUACUGGUGGAGACCUACGAUUAGCUGAAGACUUUUUGCAGUUGCAUAAUGAAUUACAGGUUGACUUACAGACCAAAGGUAACGAAAUCAAUCAACUUCUUCUCACUUUGCCUCCAAUUCUUGAGUACCUGGAAGAUGACGAGCGUAGAGAUGUAGAUUCAAAAGUUGAAGGUUUACACAACCGUUGGAUGAAGCUGAAAAGCCUAAUAGAAAACAGGCUGCAGCUAGCUAGAAUUUACGUUAAGUUUCAUAUGGAGGCGGAUAUAGUGAAUAGGGAAAUGGAUAAUUUAGAAGCAUCCCUUCAGGGAAAAGAAACAGUGGAUGAAGAGACGAUGAAAGUUAUUGAGGAGAAGUUUGAGUCAAUAGUUCCUUACUUCCAGUCAGCUAAGAAUACAGGAUUGACUUUUAUUAGUGAACUUAAGAGGAUUACCGAGCCACAUCUUGAUACUCAACGGGCCCGAAAGUACGUCGAGUCUGUUCUGGAACGGCUUUCCAGUCGACAAUUGAAUGUGACAAAAUCGUGGCAAACGUUUCGCGACGAGACCGUUGAAAAACGCGAAAUUCUUGUGCGAUUGGAGAAAACUAUGGCUGAGAGCACUAGGACAAUUAGCUGGGUAUCUAAGCUAGACUCUCAACUUUACCCAGUACUGACGACCCUAUCUACAAAACCUAGUGAAAUAGCAGCUUUUUUGGAACAUAAACUAGAAACCGUUCUGCCAGAUAUAAGAAAGGCCCAAGGUGAAGUUGGACAAAAAUUAAAAAGCGCCGAAGAAUUAAUAGUUAAAGCAGGUGCUACUGAUGAAAAAACUUUAACUAUAAAAGAAAAAUUAAAUGAACUAAGUCAAAAGCUAGCGGAAAUUGCUUCGGAGUAUCAGAUUUUACUGCAGGUUCUCUGUGGAUACUUUAAAAGCUUGGAAGAAAUUGAUAAAAAAAUUGAUACCUUUAAUGCACAAUUAGAGAAAGUGCGUUUACCAAAAGAUCUACAACAAGUUGAGCUAACACUGAGAGAAUCCGAAAUCACCAAAGAAACUAUUUUAGAGAGAUUUAGAUUCUCUCAAACUGAAUGUGAACACAUUGAACAAAGGAUCAGAAAACAGGAACCUCCGCAAUCAGCUGAACAUGACAUAAGGAAACUAUACUAUGUCUUAGAACUUCGAAAAUCUGAUUUUGAAAAACAAUGGAGACACAAAUAUGAUGUCCUGAAGACUCACCGAACCUUUGGGGAGUUUAUAAAAGAAGCACAAGAAGUCAAAAAUAGUAUUCAAGAGGUAGAUAGGCAAAUAAGUGAAGUUAAAACUAAAUGUACGGAAUCGUUAAGUGUGUCUAAAGCUGUUAGUGAUCAUUUCAAACAGUUCACAAGGGUGACAGAGAGUUUAGAUUUACGCAUUAUUAAGUUAAAAGAAAAAGGUGAAGCUGUAGAGAAAGAAUGUCCAUUGGAAGCAGCAUCGAUACAAAACGAACUAUAUGAAAUUCAGGCAGAAUGGAGUGAAACGAAAGAGAAACUCCAAAAAACGCAAAAGAAUCUCGAUAAAAGCGUCAAGUAUUUUGAACUUAUUGAUGAGGCAAAUGACUGGUUAAAAGAAGGCAAUAAACUACAGGUUCUUAUUGCUAGAAAAUCCACGUCAAUUAAACAACCAAUAGAAGCCACCCAACUGCUCGAAGAAAUUAAAUCAUUUUUAGACUCUGGUGAGAUUAAACAAUCCCAACGAAUUCAAGAGAUUCUUAACUUAUCCAAUCAAAUUGGUAUGUUGGAUAACAGUAGACAUGCUCCUAUAGUAAACGGAAACAAAGAGAUGCUGGACUCAUUUGCAUCAAUCAGUUCUGAAUUACAACAGCUUUCUAGAAACCUAAUUUCUGCCGAACAAGAACGACUCAAGCGACUAGAAGAACAAAAGAAAGCUGAAAGGGAAGCAGAAGCUCGGCGCUUAGAAGAACAACGCCUUGCUCAAGAAAAAUUGUUAAUUGAACAAAAAAGGCUUGCAGAAGAAGCCCGAUUGGCUGAGGAGCAUAGGAAAGUUGAAGAGGAACGGUUACAACAAGAGAAACUUUUUGCAGAAGAGCAACUACGGGCCGCAAAAGCUAAGCUAGCUGAAGAAGCUAGAUUAACGAAAGAACGGGGAUUGGCUGAAGAAAAACGUUUGGCUGAAGAGGCUAGACUAGCAGAAGAACAUAGAAGGGAGCAAGAAGCAUUACUGGCGGAGGAAGCCAGAAAAGUGGAAGUAGCCAAACUUGAAGUUGCACAAUUAAAGAUGCAGCAAAUGCAGUUCUUGGAAGAUGCAAAAAGAGCUGAAGCUGAGCGAAGAAGGUUCGAAGAAGAAGAACUUAAAAAGCUUGAAGCAGCUAGGCAUGCCGAUGAAGUUCGACGGCUAGAGGAAGCAAAGCGUCUUGAAGAAGAGAGACGAAGGUUAGAAGAACUCCAAAUGAUCGAGCAAGAGCGGCUUCAAAAAGAGCAAAUUAAAUUAGAGAUGGAAAAAUUGCGCUUAGAAGAAGAAAAAAUAAGGGCUGAGCAGGCCAGGCUUGAAGAAGAACGAAGAUUAGCUGAGCAACGAAGAAUUGAGGAGGAAAACCUAAAAGCACAGAGAGCUAAAUUAGAUCAGGAAAAGCUUGAAGCUCAACAAGCCAAAAUAGAUGAAGAACAGCGGCGACUAAAACAAGCACAAUUGGAAGAAGAAGCGCGUGAAGCAGAGUUAUCAAAGAUAAAGGCAAUGCGAGAAGCAGAAGAGGCACGACUGGAAGAACUGCGUAAAGCCGAACAAGCAAGGUUAGAAGAAUUUAGACGACAAGAGGAAGCUAGAAUUGCUGAUGAAGCUCGACGUCGUGAGGAAGCAAAGCGUCUUGAGGAGGAAAAGCGAAGAUUAGAAAAAGCACAAAUGAUCGAGCAAGAACGAAUUAAACAAGAACAUAUUAAACUAGAAGCAGAAAAGCAACGAUUAGAAGAAGAAAGAUUAAGAGCUGAACAGGCUAGACUUAAUGAAGAAAAGAAGCUAGCUGAGCAACGGAGAAUUGAGGAAGAAAAAUUAAAAGCGCAAAAGGCUAAGCUUGAUCAAGAGAGAAUUGAAGCUGAAAAAGCUAGAUUAGAAGAGGAGAAAAGAAGACUAAAACAAGCUCAAUUAGAUGAAGAAGCUCGUGAAGCAGAAAUGGCAAGGAUUAAGGCAAUGCGGGAAGCUGAAGAAGCUCGCUUGGAAGAAUUACGUAAAGCGGAACAAGCAAGAUUAGAAGAUCUUAAAAGACAAGAGGAAGCUAGACUUGCUGAUGAAGUUCGUAGACUUGAGGAAGUAAAGCGCCUUGAAGAUGAAAAGCGCAAAUUGGAUGAAGCUCAGCUAAUUGAGCAAAAUCGACUAAAGCAAGAGCAUAUAAAACUAGAGGCGGAAAAACAACGUUUAGAAGAGGAACGAUUAAGAGCGGAACGGGCUAGACUUGAAGAGGAAAAAAGACUGGCUGAGCAACGAAAAGUUGAAGAAGAAAACCUAAAAGCUCAAAAGGCCAAGCUAGAACAAGAAAAGCUUGAAGCCGAACAAGCUAGGUUACAAGAGGAGAAACGCAGACUAAAACAAGUUCAACUGGAUGAAGAAGCCCGUAAAGCAGAAAUGGCAAGAAUCAAAGCAAUGCGUGAAGCCGAAGAGGCCCGCUUAGAAGAGUUACGAAAAGCUGAGCAAGCAAGGAUAGAAGACCUUAGAAAGCAGGAGGAUGAGGAGAGGCAAAGACGAUUCGAAGAUGAAAGAGUUCGCUUGGAACGAGAACGAAUAGAAUCCCAAAAAAUUAUUCAUGAAAUUCAUACAACAGAAACUCACACCAAAGAGCUAUUUAUUAAAGAAAAAAGCCCUAUCGUGGAGGAACCUCAUGAGUUACCAGUAUUUACGACUCCUUUAAGUGACGUAGUUGUUCAAGAGGGCUCCAAAGUGUCAUUUAUUUGUCAAGUUACUGGACACCCUAAUCCAAAUAUUACAUGGUUUAAGUCUGGGGUACCUAUUCAGCAUAAUCCUGACUACAAUACUGCUUAUGAUAAUGGAAACUGCUCUUUAACUAUAGAAGAGACAUUUGCUGAAGAUUCUGCUAAAUACACCUGUAAAGCCACAAAUGCUGCAGGAACAGCAGAGACUUCUGCUGUUUUAACAGUGAAUGAAACAGAGCCAGAAGAACAACUGAUUGCGCCAUCCUUUGUAAGAUUGCUUCAGCCAGCUGUUGCCAAAGAAGGGGCGACAUUUCAGUUCGAAUGUAAAGUCGAAGGAAACCCUCUUCCAACAGUGCAGUGGUUUAAGAAUAAAGAGUGCAUUGAUAAUUCUCCUAAUUACUGUAUUACUUAUAAUAAUGGCGAGGCUAUAUUGAAGUUUGAUAAAGUAACCUUGGAUGACAAAGCUGAUUAUAUUUGUAAAGCUUCUAGUCAACUAGGGACUGCCCAGAGUACAGCAAACCUCAUUGUUACAUCUUUGGAGCCUGUUGAGCCUCCCGUCUUUACAACUACGUUGUCAAACGUGAUGGCCCGGGCGGGUCAAAAAAUAAAAUUGGAAUGCGAAGUUGCCGGGCUGCCUUCUCCGAUUUUAACCUGGUCACACAACGGUAAAGCUUUGAAGGAAACGAGAGAAAUUAAACUUCAAUUUGAAGGCAACAAGUCCUCCUUAAUAGUUCAAGAAGCUUUUCCAAAAGAUGCUGGCACAUACACAGUAACUGCGAAAAAUAUAGUUGGAGAAGCAUCUUCUAGUUCCGUUGUGUCAGUUAAAGGACGCUUGCCGAUCGAAACUUCCGAUAGCGAGCUGGCUAGCGAUAUGGAGCCAGUAAAACCCUCGAUCCAACUGCCUUUAGUAAACACCACAGUGAAAGAAGGAAGCGAAAUUUGUCUGGACUGUAUUAUUGUGGGGCAACCCGAACCUGAGGUUAUUUGGUAUCAUGAUGGUCGACCAGUAAAAGAGUCACCAGACGUUCAGUUACUUUUCCAAGGAGACAGGUGCUCACUUGUUAUUAAAGAUGCUUUACCGGAAGAUUCUGGUGAAUAUAAAGUGGUUGCUCUUAAUUCUGCCGGAGAAGCUUCAAGCCAAUGUAUUCUGUCAGUAGAGGCCAAGGAAUUAGAUGCACCAGAAGGCUCAUCAGGUGUUGCGCCCAAAUUAGUAAAAUUACUCUCAGAUGUUUUGGCUUCCGAAGGUGAUGAAGUAAUACUGCAAGGUAACGUCACUGGAGAACCAAAACCAGAGCUUAAGUGGCUUUUAAACAAUGUUCCUAUCACUGAUGCUGAUCAUUUUAAGACAGACAUUAAUGACAAUGGAGACUUUACUUUAAAAAUUCAAAAUGUGCGUGCAGAAGACAGAGGAGUUUACACUGUAAAAGCUUCCAACCCUUCCGGAGAAGCCAAAUGCUUUGCUCAAUUAAUUGUGAAAUCGACAAAACUUGCCGCAGAGGCAAAACCAUAUGAAGAAGUAAAAUCUGCACCAGUAUUUAGAGAAAUGUUUUACGAUAGGACAGCAUUUACUGAUAGUCCAACUAAAUUUGAAUGCAUCGUAAGUGGAAAACCGGCACCGAAAGUUAAAUGGCUAUUUAAUGGCAGUCCAAUUUCUGGUGAAGGUUGUUUAAUCUCAACUUCAGGAGAUAGACAAGUAUUAAGCAUUCCUAAUGUUAAGCCGGAGCAUCAAGGAACAAUUACUUGUGUGGCCGAAAAUGAAGAAGGGAAAGCAACUUGUUCAGCGUCCUUAACUGUCCAGUCUUCCCUUGACUUGGCUUUACCCGAACAAUCAGUGCAAAUGAGCCUAUUACCAACAGAUACUAAAAGCCACGUUGAAACUUCUUAUUCAGUUAACAGAGAAGUUAUAACACAAUCAUCUACCUCAUCGUCAAGUAAAAUAAUAACAUCAUCAACAUCGGAGCCUCAAACUGAAGAGCACAAAACUGUUUUACAGCAAUCACAAAUAUUUAAGCAAGUUAAUCAGGAUGCUCCCCAAAUACAAAAAAGCCAACGAGUAGAAGAAUAUCAUAAAGUUGGUAAUGAAGCUCCAGUGAUAUCUGAAAAAACUUUCGUGAUUGGAGAUAAAGACGAUUCCUCCCAAAUCAAAGUUAUUGAUCAGCAACAAAUUGUAGUAAAACCAAUAAAAAUGGUGAGAGCUCCUAAGUGGGUCUCACCUGUAAUAGGCAAAAUUAUUGAUCAGCACGUAGACGUCGUGCUCGAAGGAAUCUUGGACGGACAACCAACCCCUAAAGUUACCUGGACCAAAGACGGAAGAGAAUUGGUCGAAGAUGAUAGAGUCAAAAUUAAAUUUUCCUUAAAUAAAGCUACCGUUGAAAUAAAAAACGCUAAUGUUGGUGAUGCUGGAAGAUAUAGUUGCACUGCUACGAACGGGGCUGGAACUGCUGUCAGUACGGCAGACUUGGUAGUUAGAAAAACAAUAUUUCCACCGGUAUUUGGUAGAAGACUUCAGGCUCAAGUGAUAAAAAAGAACGACCGACUUAUCAUGGAAGUAGAAGUUACCGGAACUCCUGAACCUACUAUCACCUGGUUUAAAGAUGGAGUUUUAGUUAAAGACGCUUUAGGAACUGAAGCAAAAAUUAAAUCCAUUGGGCAAAGCCACCAGUUAAUACUCGAUAAGGCUGACCUGAAACACAGUGGUCGAUAUAUGGUAAGAGCUACUAAUGCCGGGGGUGAAGCUCAGAGUAUAGCUGAUAUUGCGGUCUAUGAACCUACACCGGAUACUAUGGUUGAGGUGGUUAAAACCGUUGUAUUUGAAGAUGUUAAAAAGCAUGAAACCUUGGAAUUUAUUGCUACGCCAAUUAUCACCAGCCAAACCACGCAGCAAUUUUCAGAAGAACAUCAAAAACAAACCCAGCUUCAAUAUGAACAACAUUAUCAAGCUGACCAUAAAAAGGCACCUCCAACACCAACCCCCUCAAAAUUCAUUAAAGGAGAAUUUAGGGAAAGUGACUACGAAAGCGACUAUGAAGGAAGACCAUCGCAAAUCUGGGGCGAAACCAGUAAGAAGGAAUUCAAGCCAGUAAAGCCAGUGCUCACGCCGACUCCUGUGAUAGGUCAGCAGCCAACAACGAAUCAUAUAUCUUCCACGCAACCCGAUCGUCCUAAAUUCCAACCCAUAGAAAAAAUUACACCAGUUCUUAAGCCUGCAAUUUGCAAGCCGAAGCCUCUUACAGGAGCACCAAUAACGGAUGUCAUUGUAGCUAAACCGGCAGUUCCUUUUAUUCAGCCUGGAACACCUCCGGAAAUGGGAUAUGCUUCAAGACCUAGAAAGACUCAGCAGUAUUACAGAUCCACAACUUCGGGACCAUACCAGAACGCUAUUCAGACUGAAACAUCAAACAUUGUUCAUUUGGACGAAUCAACUGAUACUUGCAAGAGAACGAUGAGUGUUCAGCAAACUCAUAAAGUAAUCAAAUUCGGAGAUCAAUACAGGAAACACGAACAAAGUAAAUUGGAGCCUCUACCAUUUUCUCCAGAGCCGGAGAGACCACGUAGAUCAACUAGUGUUCCUCCACCUCCGACUCCUAGUAAAUUUAUUCCUGGAGAAUUUAGAGAAAGUGAUUAUGAAAGCGAAGUAGAAUCAGCUAAAAUUAAGCCUAAAUGGGUACCUGGAGGAAGUGAUACUGAAGAUUUACAUUAUAGAAAAGUAAAAGCUCCAACCCCAUCAAGAGAAUAUAAUGCUCACACGUCACAAAGACAAACGGUGGUAACUCCAAUGGAGUUUGAUCGAGGUCCUAUUCAAACCAUCUCAACAACAACAACUGGUGAUUAUACUGAUAGUACAUCAACCCGUCAAUUUAGGACAUUUUCAGAAAGCAGCGCAAAACAUAUCAUGAAAAGAAGCAACUCAUUUGAACCGCCUGCGAAAGUAAAACCAGGUACUUCUCCAGAAUAUGGAACUAUUAACAACCAAAAAACAACAAAGAAAACUGCUACAAAAUUAGCAACGCAUCACAUAGAUAGCAUGACCAAAGACUUUAAAUCAAAGACUCAACAGUUUGUUCAAGAUGUAGUGAAUGACGUAAAUAAGAAACAAGCAAAGAAACCAAUUCUAAAAGGAAUUGGAGAUGGAGAUGCACAAGUUUAUCGAGAAGAAACUAGAAACUUAAGUAGCGGAACUAAGCAUGUUGAUCCAGACACAGGUCUGAUUUACUUUAAAUACGAUUUUGGUUAUGAAUUUGGGAUCAUUUUACCUGGAGAGUCUAAAGCUGGAGAAAUUCCGGUGCCAAAAAAAACGAGUAUAGAGCCUCCGAAGCGAACUGUUGACAUCGAAAUGCCAGUUUAUCAUGAAUCGUCACAACCUGAUCAUGUGCAUAGUGCCCCAACGCCGCAGUUUAAGCCAAAGAAAUUUACUAACAAAUGGGAUCCCACUUCUGAGAGCGAAAUGUCUGAGUAUGAUGAACCCAAGCGGAAAUUUGGAUUAACUGCUCAAGGUUCGCGAUGGGAACCAUCUUCGUGUAGUCCGUACUCUCUAUCGCCUAGCUUACCAAGCACUUCUCCUGCUUGUAAUUUUCCUUUCGCAGAUCGUGCCCAAACUCCUCCAAGCCGUGCCAGUACGCCAGGAAGUAGCAAGAUAGUGAUACAUCCAGGACAACCAAGGCCUCCAAUGUUCAUAACUCCGUUACGUGACAUUGCCGUUGUAAGUGGUCAAACAGCAAAAUUUGAAUGUAUUGUGCAAUCCGAGCCACCAGCCGAAAUUUUAUGGUCAAAAGAUGGGAGAAUUAUUCAAGAUUCAAAUAGUCAUCAAAUUUAUUAUAGAAAUGGAGUUUGCAGAUUGACUAUAUCUCCAGCCUAUCCAGAGAAUGCUGGAUCCUACACAUGCACAGCAACAAACAGCGUCAGUAGCACCAACGCGACCGCUAUGCUCCAAGUGGCAGGUGAGAUAAGAUCUCAGUAUCUUAAGUAGAUUGGACACAAUGGUGGUGGUUCUAACGCUAAAUAAAGUACACUUAUAACUUAGACUGCCAUAUCGAGACUCAGCACAGUCAAUUUUUUUUGUUCAUUACAGCUUUUGCCAUAUUAUACGAGUAUAUUAAAAAAACGAAUAAGCUUUAAUGUUGUGCCUUUCAUAUCUAGUCUAUUUAUAAUAUUGAAAUUAUUUUAUUUAUUUUUAGUACACAAGCUUUACUGUUGUGCCUUUUUUAUUUAUUUUUUCUCGAAAAUAAUGUUUUUUGAUUGCGUAAAGUGUAUUCGAUACUGGAGUAUGUAUUGUUUGUAUUAAAGCUUUUUGCAGAA